AUGGCGAACACCACAGACCGUCCCGACACCGGUGAGGCGAGCCAGCAUGUGCUGGGGAUUCCUCGGCCACCAUCUGUGGGAGGAAUUUCAUCCCGUGUGACCGAUAUGGCCUCAGAAGAUGGAGAAAACUCGCCAUCUGUUGCGUCGCCACCACCUUCACAACAUCAAACCCAUCAAACGCGUCUCUCGGGAUCUAGACGGGGCCCACCGCCAACCAGAAACUCUGUGACCAGCAGACCCGGUAGCUCUGGGAGUCGGUUGAGUCGCACGCAUAUCCCAACAUUAACCGCACAAGCCUUCUUCCGCCCGAUGAGCUCGCAGCGCCUUCAAGCACACCGAGGUGCGCGACCGAUGACCAAGGGCACAGUUUCCUCGACGGACGAAUGGGCAGAUCACAAUAGCCAAAAUCGCCGGAGUAUCAUAUCGAAUAGCACGUUCCCGCAAUCCCUCCCUACAGUGGAACAAGACGUUCCACCAUCGCGGGGCACCGAGUUUACGGACCCUAUCAUCCCAGAUCGAAAUACCUCCAAUGCCAGCCCUACGGGUCAUACGACGAUACGAAGUCUCGGCGAUAGUGUCAGACUUCUCCGCGAUCGAGACCAAAAGAACAAGCCGCACCCCGGUCAUCUGAACCUCAAUCCAACCUACAAUGGACAUUCGGGGCAAGAUGUACCUCCGAAAUCUCCGUUAUCUUUCCUUUCGUUGCAAAACAAGGCCCACGCACACAAUGGCCAUGAUACCCGUGGCCAUGAGCCACUUUCAUCGGCUUGUUCAUCUCCCAAUGCGUUUGACGCGAAGCAACAGCGACUCCCUCGGAGUUAUCUUGGCAAGAACUUUGAAUAUUUCACCGGUAACACGCUCUUCUGCGGUGGUGGAAGAUUCCAAAAUUCGAGGGACAAGCCCAUCAAUAUUGCUACUGGACUCUUGGUCGUCGUUCCGUCGCCCCUUUUCUUCGCAUUUUCGGCUCCCUGGCUGUGGCAUAACAUCUCUCCGGCAAUCCCAAUUCUGUUCGGAUACGUUUUCUACAUUUGUUUCUCGUCCUUCGUCCACGCCUCGGUUGUUGACCCAGGCAUCAUGCCUCGAAAUGCCCACUCCAUGCCUCCAACAGUACCAUCAGAUGACCCAUUGGCCUUGGGCCCACCAACCAAUGACUGGGUGAUGGUCAAACUUGCUACCUCCGAGGUGGCCGCCAUGGAUGUUCCCGUCAAGUUUUGUAAGACUUGCAAUAUAUGGCGACCUCCUCGCUGCUAUCACUGCCGUGUUUGUGACAAUUGUGUUGAAACGCUUGACCACCACUGCGUGUGGCUCAACAACUGUGUUGGCCGCCGCAACUAUCGAUAUUUCUUUGCCUUCGUCAGCUCGUGUACGAUUCUCUCCCUAUUCUUGAUCGGGGCCAGCCUUGCGCAUAUCCUCGUUUACAUGUCACGCGAGGAUGUUUCCUUCGGGUCUGCCAUUUCCAAAUGGCGAGUACCCUGGGCUAUGGUUAUCUACGGCAUCGUUGCAGUCCCGUACCCGACAUCCCUCUGGGCAUACCAUUUGUUUUUGGUUGGCCGUGGUGAAACCACAAGAGAAUAUCUCAAUUCCCACAAGUUUGCGAAAACGGACCGUCAUCGGCCCUUCACUCAGGGCAAUGUUCUGAAGAAUUGGAUUGCGGUUCUCGGCCGCCCCCGACCGCCCACCUACAUGCAAUUCAAGCAGCCUUAUGUAGAAGGGGACCAGCGCUACGCUAUGCAAAAGCGCAAAUACCUCCCCCGCGAUGUCGAAUCCCAAGCAGGCAUCGAGAUGCAACAUGUUGGUCCUGCUCAGUAG